AUGCCUUUGACCAAUGACAGUUUUCUGCACGCCCACCAGUCCCACGUACCUUCCUGGUGUGGCAAUCCUCGUAAGCCUCAAGCAAGUGUGAUGUCGUACUUCGGGGGCGAUCUAGAGUGGCGAUCCUUUUGCAAUUUUCUAGGUGUCUUCCUCCUUACUCUCGAGAACAAUGCGGAUAGUUCAAGAGAGGAGGAGGCCGAGGAGGAGGAGGAGGCCGAGGAGGACGAGCGUGAAACCAUGGUCGCAGAAGUUUGGAAGGUAGCGGAAAUUUCCCUCGUCCUCCUAUUCGCUGGCGUAAACCAAGGUGCCAAAAUCGAAAUAUUGCAAACUGCUAUCAUGUGA